AUGGGUGAGACAGAUCCUAACGUGAGUACUGGUUGUACUUACUGGGCUAACUCCAUCUUGUCGACCGAUACCUGUGCCGCAUUGGAGAGUUUCUACGGCAUGAACGUCGCGCAGCUAGUUUCCUGGAAUCCCUCGCUGUCAACCACUGCCUGUACUCUGACUGAGGGGUGGAGUUAUUGCGUGGAGGCUCCUGCAGUCAAACCAACUACCACCAAGGCAACGAGCACUUCCACGCUUACUACUACUACUACUACCACAACAGCUGCAUCAGGUCCGUCUCCUACACAGAGAGGAUUGAUCUCAACCUGCAAUGCCUUCUAUUUUGUGCAAUCAGGCGAUUACUGCGCUGGCAUCACAAGUACUUAUGGCAAUUUCACCUUGGAUCAAUUCUACUCAUGGAACCCUGCUGUCAAAAAUGACUGUACCGGUCUUCAGGCAGGUUACUAUGUCUGCGUCGGAGUCACCGGCUCUACUACUGUCACUACAACUCACCCCGGAUCUCACCCCACUGAUUGCGCGCUCACCCUCCUUACCGAGUGGCAUCUACAACUCGGGACACAGCGAAUCAGAAGCCUAGAUUCAGGAUGA